GGGACUGGCCAUCGGGCGAAGUUUGGGAACCAGAUUGCAGAGCGGGCAGCAGCUCCUGUGCUCCCGCCAUGGGCGUGACCGUGGAGGCACACACAAUUUACAGAUACCCCUUCGAGUAUGUGGUGACUAGCUACCUCCGAAAGUAUCCCAGUCCCAUGGAGAAACAUGUAACAGCUGUAAAAACCGUAGAAGAGAAAACGGAUUUGUCUACAGGGAUUAUAUACAGGAGGAGGAUUGCAACGUGCCAGAAUGUAAUCCCUCAGAUUUUAAGAAAGCUCAGUGUCCUGAAAGUGUCUGAUGUCUACUUAGAAGAGGAAUCGUGGCUUAAUAUGCAAGAAAGAAUUAUGUCCAUGAAGACUCGUUGCCUCACCUGGUCACAGUACGCCUCUCUAAAAGAAGAGUCAGUCUUCAGGGAAAGCUUGGAGAAUCCAAACUGGGCAUUGCAAUCAUGGAGUCACUUCUUCAAGAACUUUAUGGGAGUCCAUUUUCAUAAUGAGAAAAAAGAGAAGCAAUCACAAAGCUUGAUCCACAGCAAUAUGUCUUUAUUCUUGAAGAUGUUUCUUGAAACUCUGGAUUAUUUUAAUGAAGGAAUGAAUGGGGGUAAAAAAGAUAAUGGUCUCCACAGUACUCAAGCAAUAUAAUGGAAUGGUGUUCUUUUAAAAUUUAUGCCAGGAAUGAUUGUGGCAUAUAAUUUGCCCUUGUGCUUUAAACUCUGCAGACUAAAUACUGUGCAUUCAGAGGAAAUAACUGAAGUGAAGAACCAUCCCCCAAGCUUGUGCUUCUGUGCUGGCCCAGAGGAACAGCUGUGCAACAGAAACAUUUUCUUGCUAUUUGUGUCAUAUCAGGCUGUCACAAAAACAAUGUUUCUUAACUCUAAAUGCUGGAAUGUAUUUUUUUUUGCCAAAACUGUGUCAAACUCCACAAAUAUUAUAUUUGUCUCUCAGGUAUGCCAGUACAUCCCUCUAAAAUGUGAAUAAUUGUCAAACAUUAUUAGUUUUCUAAGUCUGCAGCAAUCAUAGAUCUAAAAAUAUUCAUGCAGUUCUAGCCUAACUGGGUUUCCAUCCUUUUAGGUCCACUGGAUUUAGUUAAUGGACUUAGAAGUGUUGGCCUGUUUAGGAUGCGGAUGUUAAUGGAUAAUGACUUCCAAUAGCAAUAGUUCUUAGAUGGUAGACUUAUUCUAUUUUUUUCCCAAAGGUGAUAAGUUUAACAGGUGGGUUUUAAAGGACACUCAGAAUAAAUAUCCAUCACAUUAACUCCUGUGUUUACUGACUUUUGUGAUCAGAAGGUCACGGUCAUUCCUCUUUCUUCUGUUUUAUAGUUCUGCAGUUCUUUCAAAGGGUAUAUCAAUUAUUUGAUCUUUAAAAGACCUUCAGUCUUACCUGAUUAUCCUUAUUUGGAGGUAAAACAGAUCAUGGCCAAAGUCAUAAAUCUUACAGUAAUUUUUCAGGUAAAUGAACCUGAUGGGUGCAUCGCAUUAAAAAAAUAAUAACGGUGUGCAAGCACAGGAUCAUUAUUGAUCCAUGAGGUGACAUCACAUCCUGAUAUUCUGCAUUGCUAAUAAUAAAUGUUUGAAUUGGUAAACAUUUUUCCCUGUAUUGGGAUUAAUGUUGGUAACACUGUAAGCAAAAGUGCUGGGAGGAUCGUUAAUACCUAAACUGAAAUAAUAUAACUUUUGCUUGGGAUAGGUACCAUAAACAUGCCAUGGUUUGUUGGAUGCUGCUUAAGUAAACACCCAAUAUGAAUACGUUAGAAAUGUUUAAGUUAAAAAAAUACGUUUAGGAGUAGCAGGGAGGAUGCUGUUUUGUCAUAAAUAAUAAAAUCAUGUCCUUUUCAA